AUGAUCCCGAUCGCUCUACAUCUCCUGGCAGCAACCUCGCUGCUAGGCGCCUUCGCAGCGGCCUCUCUACAGACCAAAAGCCUUACCACACGCGAUGGUAGCACUUAUGUUUACGACUAUGUCCCUGCCAGCGGUGAGGCCAACAAUACCACAGUACUCCUCCUUCACGGCUACCCUUCCAGUCGCCACGACUGGCGCCACCAAGUUGCCGACCUAUCUGCAGCUGGUUACGGCGUCCUCGCCCCUGACUGUCUGGGCUAUGGUGACAGCGAUAUGCCACUCGAAGUCGAGGCAUACAAUUUGAAACGGCUCGGUGGGCACUUGAUGGAAAUACUCGACAAUGAGGAUCUGCAGACAGUCGUCGGCGUGGGCCACGACUGGGGCACAAACCUUCUGUCGAGAACAUCCGUCUGGCAUCCUGACCGGUUUGAGAAACUGGCCUUUCUCUCGCUAGGUUAUAGUGCACCGGGAAUAUUCGCAGAUAUCGACCUGUUGAAUGCCAUGAGCCUGAGCCAGCUAGGGUACAUGCAAUUUGGCUAUUUCUACUUCUUCAAUUCUUACAACGCCGCAGAUCUUGCCGCCUCCAAGCUUGAAUCCUUCUUCAGCCUCGCUUUUCCGACCGACAACUCCAAAUGGGCAGAGAAUCUUGCAGGACUCGGCACAGCUCGCGCCUGGCUGGAGGCUAACACCACAACACCUCUUGCCAGUUAUCUAACCGAGGAAAAUAAGGAGAUCUGGAUGAAGGCUUAUAGCCGCAAAGGUGCAGUCCAGGCUUCCAUGAACUAUUACAAGGCUCUGCUUCGCGGUGUUCAGGCGAAGGACGAAUCGUGCCUGACCGAUAAGCGCCGCACGAUCAAGGUGCCGGUUCUUACAAUCGGCGGCACGCAGGAUACAGUUACCCGAGCAGAUCAGAUUCGGGCUCAGACGGAGCCCUGGGCGGCGGCCGGGUACACGGAGAAGACCGUUAAUGCAGGGCACUGGAUGAUGCAUGAGGAUCGGGAAGGUGUGAGCUCUGCGCUGUUGGAAUUCUUGAAGGCUUGA